AGCCACUUUCAAAACACAUUAAUUACCCCUGCUGCCCCCACAAAAGCACUCACACCCCUUUUUUGUUCUUGAGCAUGUGAAUGAGAGGUAGGCACCCAAACUUCAACUUCUACUUUUCCUCCAUUACAUUUCCAAGCGAAGAUGUAGGAGCUGAUGGUGCCUGUGCUGGUUUUUUUUGAAAACGCAUCUCUACUCGCAAAACAUGCUCUAAAGAAUGAUGCCCCUCCUGCUGCAUGACUGAGUAUUUUUCUUCCUAUGACAGAAUCAGUUGCCGGUGGAGUCUUUUUUCAAAUGAAGCUCCUCUGACGUGAUCGUAAGCUAUUUUUUGCGGGCACAGGCAUCUAUUGGCUGCUCCAGUGGACGCGCAACUGGUUUCUAUUAAGUUUGCCGAAAAGCCCCGAGGACAUCUUCUUGCCGGGAAACCAUUGGACCACGAGUGCAAGAAGCCGCGGCAGUUGUUUUCGGCCAAAACGACCAGCAUUCAAGGGUGGACCUGUUAUAUUGUGCCGGCUCAUCUUUGAAAAACGCCGACUCUAGUUCAUCGUGAAAAAGGCUUAAGAAGUGUUCAUCAACAUCAUUUACAUCCCCGCUUGACGCUGACGACGUAUUAGCCAAGCUUGUGUGAAAUUACCACACUAUAAGGCCACGGGCGAUAAUACGAGCACGACGAGAGUUGCACUUCCGCAUAGAAGUCGUCCUGACUCGUCACGUGGCUAUGUUUCGUGGUGGGAGAAGCGCGACAACGUGAAAAACCAAGCUCGCAGCUUUUCCGUAACGUGACUACAAUGCUUGUGCUCGACGAGGAUGUAACAGCAAGCAGGUCGCUCCGGGGUACUGGUCGACCUAGCGGUAGUACGACUUCAGAAGCCUCAAGAGAGGAAGAGGAAACAGAAGACGCACCAGAUCCCACGCAACCACAACCUGGUGCUUCUGUUGGCGGUCAAUAUAUCAAGGAUUUUCGCCCGGGAAGAACGGUGGCAACGUCGAACAAAUGGAAGAGCGGCCUCUUUCUUGUCCGACGAGGCACGCCUUCCAGUAGUUCGUCGUCCUUUACUUCGAGCGCGAAAUCCAGCGACCGAAAAGAAAAAAUAAGACAGAAGGCCAACAUCUCGACUUUUGAUUCUGAUUGCUCUGACGAGCGGUUUGGUUUCGUGAAGAACCCGCUCCUCUUCCCUCCGGGUAUGGAGCGACCAACGGCCGCCCCGAGAGCGCGCGUUUUACCUAUGUUUCCUGCUGCUGGCCGCCAUGAUGAGCCAGCCAGGAGUUGCGCGAAUGCACGGUUUCCUUCCUCCGCGAAAGGUGGGACUACACCGAUGAAAUUACAGGCCUCUGUCUUGUCGAGAAUCGAAUCUUCCAGUGGCAGUACACACGACAGAGUGAUACCAGACGAUUAUUUCUCAUCUCGUGCCCGAACAAAAAGAAAAAGUGCAAGUAGAGAAACGAGAAAUAUCACCACGAGCUCCGCAGCAAUAGGGCAAACAAGAAGACAAGCUCUGCCGAACGAUGCUGGUGAAGAAAACGCCGGGGGCUGUUUUUCUGAGCAGCGACAGGGGAUGUUUUCGUCCUCUAGUAAGACGAUGCCAAGAAUAAGACGACAACAGACGGCAAUGAAUUGUCCUCUUCGCAGACUGCGACCUUUUCUUUCAGUCUCCCCAACGCACGGAACAAGGAGCGCUACUUCUAGCGAAAAAAGUUCAGUUCGAACCUUGCUGUCGCGUGCUCUUCAGCUGUUUUUCGCGGUGUGCACUGGUGCAAGUCUGUUCACGCAUGCUGCGAAGGUCAACGACUUCUUCCCGAAACGGGGUAGUCUCGAGGGGGGCCUGCAGCUGCGCAUCACCGGGGACGGGUUUCUAGAUCCAAACCGAAUCAACCUCUACUCGCAGCAAACGGUCUAUUUGGGACAAUACGCCUGCCCAGUGAUGCUUCCCAUGAGCACGCAGUCCGAGCUGAUCUGCAUCACCCCGCGGGUGCCCGAGCCGAUGAAUGUCACGCUCGAAGUGCUGAUCAUCUCGGACGCCGCGGGCGGUGGCACCUACGCACGCGUCCGGGACCCCUCGGUGGUGUUCCGCUACGAAUACGAGCAAACGCCGGUGGUGAAAUUUGUGUCGCAUUUCGGGUUGGCCGUCGGCGACUUUUUGUCGUACGGAGCCCGCUCUUCCACCUACCGACGACAGCAGAUCCUCGCGAAGACCUGGUCGCAGACGGAAACAAGGGUCGGGGGUUCGACCUGCCUCGCCGACGAGCUGCUGCUAGCGAACCGGUUCGCAAACACGAACGACUACAACCUGCAGAACAACAACAGGGUGAUCGAGAAGAUCGGCCUCACGUGUCGCCUCCAGGGGUGGUUGCAGCCGGGCUGGGGCCGGUUCUCCCUCUUCGUCCGCCCCAAUGGGCUGAACGACGUGGCGAAGUGCUCGGACCUGCAGUGCACUUGCCAAACAGCGGCCGACUGCCCCGACGGGUACGGGCAUGCUCAGUUUCUCAACACGAAGUCGGACCAACCGCGGCCUUUUGGGCUGUUCACCAUUGGGGUGGAGGAAAGUUCACUCGAUCAGCACCUACGACGUUUUGAAGAUGACAGACCGAGCAACUUGCCGCCAGUGAGUUACGACAUGGCUAUGUACCCGGAGAUUUACGAGAUCAGUCCGCGCUUUGCGAGUCCGACUGGCGGCGCAGUGCUGCAAAUUCGGGGCACCGGUUUCAACGUGGACACCACACGGAUUUUUUUGGGGCCGCGAAACGACAUUCCGUGUCACGUCAUUGCGGACAAGGCAUUCAAUUCCACGCAUUUCGAGUGUCGCAUCCCGAAGAUCUUCUCGGGUUCAAACAGCCAGGCGGCGUAUGCGGACUACCAGCAGUCACUGUCUCAGGUGCUGGACACGCAGCGCCAGCAGGAGGCGCUGUUGCUGCCUCCGCACGCCGACGACAUCACGGGAUGCGCGGAGGUACGCGUCUCGGUGGGCUCUUCCACGACCUCUUCGAAGACCAUCCUGUGGGACGUGACGGAGCACGCACUGUCCGGCGGUGUGCCGUUGCAGAAUUCCUGCCAAGGCCUUUCCUCCGACAUGCAGGCACACGUAUCACCGGUAAAUGUGUCGCUUGUCGUCUCCAAGGCUCGACUGACCGACGGCAACCCCAAUUUUGGCACCGACCACCAAGUCAUGGUGCCGCCGCACGAAGCUGCGGAUCCGGCGCAAAGUGGUCGGCUUUACACGGUCUUGUGUUGCGACACAGACGGGCAGUUCUGCCAUUCGGUGAACAAAAACGCGGAGCCUUUUGAAAACACUUGGCAAAAACUAACGCCGAAGGAUUGCUACACGCCCGGCAACCACAAAGUGUCCUUUCACGACGCUGCGCGUAUGUGUGCAAUGGAUGGGAGGAGGUUGUGUCAAGCGCACGAAAUCGCGGGGGGGAUUUGCAAGGGCAAGCGGGACUGCGACGGGGGCCACUACGUGAACCCCGACGGGUCCACCUUUGCGCAGGAGCCCGGGUACCACGACAAUCGGCACGUGUGGACAAGUUCGCUGAAGAAACAUCAACAGAUUACAGUCACAAAGAGCAGCGGCGCCUGGACGGACGUUGAGACCACUCUGACCUGUAGACAGGAUUGCCUCGACGUCGGCGCUUCGAGCACCAGCAAACAGGGUGGAUUGCGCACGCAACUGCCGUUGCACGGAUUCUUUGGCGGCCGCGGCACGAAAUGGCGACUGUACUCCGGACUUCAUCCUGGCCACACAGAGACCUUCGGGAAACGCGCGAGCUGGGUGAACAGCGACAAUAUGUUCCCCAACGUCGCAUACGCGGAAGGCCUGCGCAAAGACGUGCUGCUUGGUGUUUCCAAGGUGUUUAUGAACCCGGUAAAUUUGAACGAGAACGCGGACCGGAUCCAGUUCGUGAGCCAGAACCCGGCCGAGUCAGUUUCUGCCGAGCCCUUCGGGCAGGAAAAGGGUACCUGGUUGCGGGGUCCGAUCCGCCGCCAGCUGCACACAUGGGACCAGGCCUGGCAGGACCAGUGGCGCGACCGAACCGCGGACUGGUCUGGCUACUACGAGUUCGAGCAGGUCCUGGAAACUUUUUUCGUCCCGCCGUCCUACUUUUCCCCCGACGCGGAGUACCAGUUUUUCACUGCGGCCGAACUGUCCGCGAAGGUCCUGAUUGACUUCACCGGGAGCGAGCCGAACGUAAAUCUGUGGACGGAGGUCGGGAAAAUUGUCCACUGGGUGGAUCGAUGGCGGCCCGACGACCCCUUCGCCUUCUACGUGUACUGCAGCGAGAGCAACAAUCCCUUUGUGCCUGCCAACGGGGCCGCGAGAGAGAGCGUCGAGGGCAGCACGUGCAGCCACCCGGACUUGACCACGCACUCGGUGCGUCAGCGCAGCCCGCGCAUGAAGUUUCAAAACGCACACAACUCCAGCAUUGCGGGCUACCCCAUGCGCAUCUACCACAACGACGAGUUCCACUGGAGCGCCAAUUGGUUGCAGAUCGGCGUGGCGGUGCACGAUCCCUGGCUGAACGGAACCUACGCGAACGACACACACACGGCGGAGGGGCACCAGAUUUUCACCGAAGCAGAGAAGGAGGCGUUCUACAAGACCAGCGGCCUGUACGAGAUGCAAAAGAUGACGCUGACCGCCCGGCGCGACCGGGAAAAGCACGCGCUUCUCGUGUCGGAUGCCGGGCAGUUCUACUCGGUGAAGGUGAAGGUGUCGCACGACCUGAGCCACACCGAGUACUUCACCGACAAAGUCCGCGUGGACCAGGCGGACACCGCGACGUUGGAAACGGCGCUGCGGGGAGCGAAAUCAGCGGCCGGAUCGACGAUCCAGUACACCAAGGACUGCUUGCCUACCGUCACGGCUGCGGCGGCGCAGGCCACCAGUGCCGGACUCGCGGUCGGGUUCGAAAUCACCUUCAACUGCAUUCUGGGAAGCGGCACACACGGGCUGUACGGCCAGACAACACACGCAACCUUUGAGAUGGUGCCGCCCCGUAACGCCACGGCGGCCGAGACGCCCUACACGCGGGGUAUCGUUACCCUGUCGCAGGAAGAGUCGGCACCCCUGUCCGGCAACUUCAAGCUCUGCCGAGGUUCUUCGAAAACCAACGCCACGGUGGCACGGAGCUGCACAACUUCGCUGCCCUACAACGUGAAGCGCUACGAGGUGCAGGAGGCGCUGCUGAAGAUCUUUCCGCGGAUCGAGGUCUUCAACCUUGGUACCGACUGGAACGCGGACUACGAAAAACGCCCGGAGGAAGGCUUCUCGUACGGGAUUCGUUUCAUCGACCCCUAUACCUUCCACGACCCGGUGGAUCCCCGCCGCCUGUAUGCGGAGUAUUCCGGGAGUGACUUCGCAGAGUUGGGCGGGACCGGUGCCGAGAUCAACUUCUACAUGGUCCAAGAGGGCGGUAACCGAAAUUCGCUUUUCUACGAGUACAUCCCUGCGGAUUGGCUGCGAGUGCCGCACGCGGUGCCACAGGCACAGAUGCGGAGCAACAACAUCCUGGCCGCAUCGAAGUACAUCCAGAGUGCGGAUUUUCAAUUUUCGCAAUCUUUCACGCCACAGGUUGAGGCGGUGAUGGUCCUUAAUAACGCAAACAAUCAGCCCGGCGCGAAAUCAGCAGCGCUCUCCGGUCCGUCGGCGGUCACAGUCACUGCCGGUGCGGAGCUGACGUUUGUGCUGUCCAACGUGCUGCUUCCGGAGGCGAGCAUGGCCAUGCGGAAAACGAACCGUGUUCCGGCCGUCGUCGCGGAGGAUGUGGUCUUUACGCAGGACGGACAUUUGAUGGCGCCGCGCGGGGAGGGGUCGGCGGCAACGCGAAUGGGUGAGAACGGCACAGUGGUGAUCACGCGAAGCGGUGGUAGGAGCGUGCGGACUAGUCUGCUGGGUGAGCCGCUUUUUGCGAACGUGAACGCUUCAGUGUACGGGCUGCGCACCUCCGACUUCAACAUCACGGUCGGGAACUCGGACUGCCUCGUGACCCAGCACCGUUGCGUUGAGAACUGUCCGGACCAGAAUGACGACAACUUCCGUGCGCUUCUCGGCGCCGGGGGCGGCGCAUCAGCGGCCGGAGCAGAACAGUCCGCCAACGUUUCGAUCGUGCAUCCGCUCAAGGAUUUCCAAUUCGCCACCCGCUUUGAGGUGACCUGCACGCUGCAGGACGGAACGGUUGGACGGGGUCUGCAGCCGGAGAUCAGCAUCGGUGGUCAGGGGUUCGCGAUGAGCCAGAACCUGACGAUGGACGUGGCGUUGGAACUGCACAACGUUUACCCGACGUCGGGGUCCCUUGCAGGCGGCACUGAAAUCGAGUUCACUGGAUUUGGCCUGCAGCGAAUCACCUGCGCCCACAUUCACUUGGGCUGGAACGCAAACGCCACGCACCGGGAAGACAUGUGGAACAUCACGCUCGAAGAGUCGGACCGACCUGCCGCCGACAACACAACCAACGUGACGCGCGCCGCGCUCUUUUACGACGGCACGAGCUUCAGCAAAAAGGACCACAUCUUGCCGAAUAAUUUGUACUGCCGUGUGCCCUACAUCGCCGUGGCGUGCAAUGCCGCCCCGCACUACAGCUGCGAGCAGCGGGGUCUGAAGAUUCUACACGAGACCAUCCACGACUUCACUUUUACAUUUGACCCGACGCUGACCAGCCGGGUCGAAAGCCUCGCGCCCGUGAAACUCGCGGUCGGGUUUCCGGGCGUUCUGACCUUCGACUUCUCGCCAGCCUGGCUGGGGUAUUUGGACUUGCCGGGCUCGUUGAAUCCGCAAAACGACACCGCGUUCGACUACUCGGAGCACAUCACGGUGGAUUUGGUAGAAACCAUGAGCGGCCAGCCGCGUGUGAGUCGCAACUGCUUGAUAAAGGAGGUGAGAUCGACGCGACUGACCUGCCGGCUCUCCCGCGACUUUGACUCGCCCACGUAUGUGGAGGACCCGAACCUGCGCACGCAGUUCAACCACUACGUGCUGGAUCCGGAAAUGUACAGGGGCGUGAGCGAUUUCCUACUCACACCGAAAAUUUCGGUGAAGCCAUUCGGCUAUGCCAUGCUGACCGGGGAGCAGCUUGACACCGCGAUGUACGUGACACGCGUCACCCCGGACGAUUUCCAUGGUCUGGCGGGCGGUGUGCAAACCACCAUCGAGGGGUACGGUUUUCUGGGUGGAUUGCCCUCGUCAAGCCAAUUGCAUCGGCAGCUAACAUCAGACGAUGAAGAAGUCACGACCAGCGAGGACGAUAGUUUUGACGCCGUUGGAGCACUCAUGUAUGGCGCGUCGCGCCGCGAGCUGUCUGCUGCGGGUCCUCCCAGCGCCGGUGGCAAUCAAAGCAACGGGACGUCCAAUACGUCGAAUGCGACGAACUCUUCUACCGCCCCUGCUUCGUCUACCGCUGCUGCGACGGUGGUUCACACCGGUCCAGCGCUGGUCCCCGGUAUGUCGCUGCAACAGCGGCGGGCCAUCAACCCCGACUCUACCAUGGUGCUGGAUCUUGCGAAUUUCGCGGUUUUCUUGGAAACGAACUUCACGUAUUUCUACCGCGGUACGUACGAGACAUCCAACUCCAAGUCCGCCUGCGUGGUGACUGAGGUGUUGGACACCCGGAUCCGCUGCAAUACAACGGCUGUUCCAUACUUGGAGCGGUUCGAAGCCAUGCGCGUCGGGCGGUACAGCGGUGUGGCGACCGUAACCACCGAGGCCAAAGUGGUCAUCAACAUGGUGAAGGCCGAGAGUUAUUGCACCGCGGGCGGGGCGGGCGGAGGUACUAGCACGACUGCGGCCCCUGCUCUUCGACCACAGCCUUGCAUGCACAAAUCCCACUGGGGCAGCACCCCUGCGGCGCUCGAAGUCUUCCCAAAAUCGGCUUUGUCGGGGGAGUCUUUCGGGGUUGUGGUUGCGGGCGAUCUUCUCCAGGGCCAGAGCUUCGCCACGGAGUACGCGCCCGCGGUGUUUCCGCUCGCAAACGAGAGCACAAAGCUCAUCGACAACUUGUCAUACACGCCCCUGGUUCGCGCCGAAUUGUUCCACGGAAAUUAUGACAAUACCCGCUGCCUGCUGACCAGCACGAACCGAGGCAUCACGCGGCCGGCCGCCACGUGUCCGCACUGCGUAGCUGGCCAAGGCGAGUGCCAAGUGCGCAACGGACAACUGGAGUGCGUCUGCGAGCCAAACUUCUACGGAACCCGAUGUGAGAACCAGUGCAAGUGUGACCCGGUUGGAACGGAACAUUGCAUCCGGGGCACCUCCGGGGGAUCGUGCGUGUGCAAACAGGGAUACACAGGUGCGGAGUGUAACCUAGCUUUGCCGCCAAAUUACGUGCUCGCCACGCCAAAAGGUUCUGGCCGCCGUGCCCUCCGCGCGGACGGUCUUAGCGCCGAUGAUGCAUCUUCUGCCGCGCCGCUCCCCGCGGCGCGCAAACCUUCUUCAAGUGCACUGCUGCAGCGCCUUGCGGCGUUCGGCAUGAAAGCCGCACCGGCACACCUGGCGGACGAUGACGCCCGGAUCGCAUGGGAUAGUGAUCACUUAGUUGAUUCGAGCUCCGAGCUUCACGCCGAUUUGACAACACCUGCCGUAGCCAUGGGUUUUUCGUCACCUGAUAGUACACCGGGAGUAUCUUCCCCGCGAGCGCUUUCUGCAGCCCCGAGCAGCGGUUCGUCAGCUGUUGCGACGGCCGCCAGUAUGGUGCUCGAGUGCGCGGACGGCUUCAAGCGUACCGAUCAGCCCUGUUCCGGGCCAGGAAACUGUGCGGCGUGUCGGUCUGCCUACCACCCGAAGACAAAUCUUACGCAGACACGUGCCGCGAACGAAUCCGCGCGGCCGAGCUACCCGCUCGAGCUAUUGGUUUAUGACUCCGUGCCGAAAAACGGUACAUCGGACCACGCUCCUCACGACCCGCUCGUUCUGACGUUUUCGCAUGAAGUUGUUGCCGUGUCAGGUUUUAUCAAAGUGAUGAAGCAGCCGAACGACACUGCCGUUUUUGACAAGCGUUAUGUGGAUUUUGUGAAUCCGCAGCCGGUUGUGAACUACACCGAUGUCGAAGUGGAACCUGCGAACGAAGUUUUUCGCAUCGCGUUGCCGCUGCCCUACGACUCCGUCGCAGGAGGCGGAUACCGGAAUGCCGCGGGUCGACGUCUCUCCCUGGCGUCGCAGGAACUCCAGCAAGCGUUGGAAGAAAACUCCACGUACUUUCUCGAUUUUUCCCAGGCGGUCAUCCGCGACGCGAACGCUGUCGGAAAUAAGCAGUAUGUCGGUUGGAACCAACCCACGCCAGGCUACGAGUUCACGAAUGAAACCAUGUACACCUUCAGCACAAAUAACCAGCACCACCCAGCUCCUACAGACGGAAACGGGGCGCCGCAUAUGCUUUUCUUUGACUACAGAGUUUUCGAGCACAACAGCGGUCCGAGUGGAGCUUCUGGCAACGCGACCAUGGCCACUGUGCUCUUCUUCCUGCACUUUGACAGAGCCCUGCAAACAACGGUGGGCGCCGAUGCGGACGUGCACAUCAAGGAUUGCGGCGCGGUCGAGUGCCAAUUUAGCGAGCGGCCGGAAAUGAAGCGCUUCAACGACUCUACUUCCGCGGGGCACUGUUCCAGCCUCGAGACCGUGUUCACAAAUUUGACCGAGCCUCGAAACGAGUGCGGGUUCUAUCUGGCGAAUCACAACGACGUGGUGAGUGUGGCGCAACACGCGUCCGACAUGGUGAAGAGCUUCGCCAAUUCCACCAUGGGUACGGGUAUCGCGAUCCUGCAGGCCAACAUUGAUCUGACGCAGGAAAUGCGGCACGUAGAGGUGCACAUUGCACAGAAUGGCUUCAUCGCGGGGGCCCAUCGGUUGGUGCUACCCAUUGUGGUGCAUCCGGGCGGCGGCAAUGACGCCUCCAAGGCGAACGACGAGUCCAUGGUGACCACCAUCAUGUGUUCCAGGCGAUGCCAUCCGGAGAAGGAUGGUGCCUGCUGCAGCGCCAGUGAUAGUACCAACGACGGUAGUUACGCGGGUAUUUGCAAGGUGCAGUGCCCACGAAACCGGUUCGGCGCCAACUGCGACCGCGACUGCAAUUGCCACCAGGCCGGCACGGCAUUUUGCAACGACGGGCUCUUUCACCCGCAACGGGAUCGCGCCGAUGGGACCUGCGUCUGCAAGACGGGAUUUGCCGGACCGAGGUGCGAUCAGUGCGCGCCAGGGUACAUCAAUUUUCCGCACUGCGAUACGGUUUGUGUUGGAAAGACUCCGUGCGACCCGCGCAACACGCUGUCCUGCUCUUCCGAUGCCACCACCGCGCCUGGACAAAACACUUGCCAGUGCAAGGAGGGCUUCAACGGAGCGCUGUGUGACACAUGCGCGGCGAACUACUACGGAAAUUCGUGCUCCGUUUUCUGUAACGCCACACAGCACUGCUCGGGCCACGGGCAGUGCGGGGCCGUCGAGCGACAGGUGAACGGGCAGACGCAAGACAUUUUGGCUUGUACGUGCGAUCACGGCUGGACGGGGGCGGACUGCAGCCAGUGCGAUUCGAUCGCUAUCUGCAACAAGCGGGGGGUUUGCAACCACCCCUUUGUGCGAGAAGAGAUGCGGAACGUGACGGAAUCGACGAGUGUGCCGGCUAAUGGCACAAAUGGAACUAAUGGCUCUAAAUCUAAUGGCACUAGUAGUGGUCAGGUCGCCCUGGUCAAUGAGGAAACGGAGGAACGAUUGGUCAACGUCACCCACCCUCGCUGCAAGUGCGAAGAUUAUUUCUGGGGAGCAUACUGCGAAAACGACGCGGCGUGCAGCCCGGCAGGCACCCAUCAGGUGGACCCGUGGACAGGAGCCUGCCACUGCAAACCGAACUGGUGGGGUACGAAGUGCGAGAACGAGUGUCGUUGUUACGCCGACCGGGUGAACAUGCACGACGGCGUAGCGUUCGCGCCCACCCCGGUUCUGUCCGGAACCUGCAACGACGGGAACCAGGGCGACGGCAGCUGUACUUGCUUCGACGGAUUCAAUGGCACCAACUGCGAAUUCUGCGCAGACUUCCGUGUUCCGAGCGGCAACUGCAGCAUGACUUGCGAUGUAAACUGCGAUGCCGGAGGUACGCAGAGCUGCUCUGGCAACCAGUGUCAGUGCUGGCCCUGGCGCAGUGGCGCGCUGUGCGAGACGUGCAAGCCCGACUAUUAUCCUGCGCCGCCCGGUAGCUGCAGCAAGUACUGCAAAGCAGAAACCACCUGCAACGGCAAGGGCUCCUGCAACCUGAACGGAGACUGCGUCUGCGAAACUGGAUUCACAGGACCAACUUGCGACCAGUGUGCCGUAGGAUGGUUUCCGAAGGCUCCGAUGACACUUCAGGGUCCCAUUCUGGACACCGCAAGUUCGCAUCCGGCGCACGGAGCUGUGGGGGUCUCUGCAGCAACUGAGAACCUGAUCCUUAAGUUCUCGGAACCCAUCGACUUCGCCAACCUGGGCGUGAUCGAGAUCAGGGCGCAUCACAGUGGUGCCAACUAUUCGAUGCCACCGGAUUUCGCCUUGGACCUAGCCAUUCUGAAGGACCAGCCCUUCCAUCGUUUUCUGUCCGACAAAUACCUGUACCUCACCCCCAGCGUGCUCACUCUCUACGGCGCCAACACGACAUCAGGAGCCAACCAAACUGCCGGCCCUUCCUCGUCUACCGGGGCUGCAUCACAGCAAAGCCAAUUCACUGAGCUGCAGCCUGGCAAAGCGUACCACUUGCACACGGAGCGCUAUGGCCUUUUACAGGAUCGGGACGGCAACAAGAUGGGUUUGUUGAGCACUCUGACUCCGCCGCUCGAGUACACAUUCAACACUGCACCGAGCGGAACGCAGCCCCGCAGCAUGCCAGUCUACCCGAUAUUUCACAUCGACAGUCCCCUGGAGCUUCUGGAUCCUUCCGGCAGCAACUACCACGUUGUGUUUUCAGUCUACUUUAGCCAUCAAAUCUCGAAGAAGAACGGUGUGAAUGAGAUGCAGUUCUUCGAGUUGUCGGAUUGCGGCUGGGAUAUGGACUGCCAUUCGGCGUGCGACAACGAAAUGCUGGACGUGAGCGCGCAUGUGACGGGUGUCAUGUACAACAAGGGAUACACGGCGAACGCCCUCCAAGUUCCAGGAGCCUCGAUGGCCAGUGUUCUGGGGAGUUACGGCACUGACGCACGGUUUACGGACACGAUUCCCGGGCUCCUUGCUGUUCAGAUCCGGAUCCCCGCUACUGGUCCACACCCUCUGCGGCGGAAGUUGCAGCUCACCAUUUUGCCUGGGCUGGUCACUGAUUCGUCCGGGAACAACGAAAUGAACCUUGUGAACGCGACCUACGACUUUGCGCUCUCGGGUGCCAUCAACCAGACCGCUCAUAACCCGCAUGAGCUCGCACCCUGCGAAUGGACGCCAGGUAGCAACGCAACUAUCAGCUCUGCGCACGCGCAUCGGGAGCAGGUGCAGUGGACGGUUUCCGCCGGUGUGGCGCAGCUGUUUGAGGCACAAGACGUUCGAAUACUCGAUUUCGGGACGGAUGCCGAACUCGCAACGAUGGCGGACGCGGGGGGAAUGUUUGAGGUGUCGGACCACCACCACGCAAAGAUGAUCCGCAUGCGAUUGCCGGAGAAGGGCGCGGGCGUUUUCAACGCUGGACGACAGAUUUAUUUCCGUGUCCUCGCAAAAGCGGCGCCCAAACCCACACUGUUCGAGACCAAGGCCUUUUACAGUCUUCGCUUCGCUAACGAUUCCAUUUCGGAACUCGCGUUCGGGGAUCGCGCCGUCGAGGAAAUGAUGCUCAGUGACAACACGACGCUCGCCUUUGAAUUGCGUUUGUCGCGCGACGUUAGUCAGCUUUUGGUGACGGGGAACGCGGUUGCUUCGUCGUUCACUUUGACCGACUGUGGCUUUGAUCUCGACUGCCGUCCCGAAUCGUGCGACAAUCGGGCGAUGACUGUCACCAAUGUCACCCUCGCGCAGCACGGGCGAAUUCGACUGAUCGCGACCGGCUUCACCGCACCGCCGCCCUUCGGGGAUGCAUCUCUUGACAUGCAAGACGGGAGGAGGUUUUCGCUGUCCGUCGUUCCAGAAGUAGCUGCGGAUGCCUACGGAACGCGCAGUGCCGCAGCGACGGGCAUCAUUGCGGAGUUGAACAGCGCUUUUCUGGCGCAGCAUUUCCAUGGCCCUGGCGCCUCCCCGCGACUCAGUCCGUGCGACAGCCACCCCGCCCCAGCCGCGCCCGUGGCAAAGCCCGAGGCGAACUUCAUUUCGCCCGAGGGCUUGGUCUUUGUGGCGUUUGAUCGACCGAUUGAAGUCGUACCGGGCGCGAAAGGCAUGGUUAAAUUGCUCAGUGCUCCAGGAGGGGUUGCAGCUCACGGGAGGCGUUUAUCAGAAGAUGCUUCGGCUGCAAAUUAUGAGGAUUUGCAAAAAGGAGAUGAAGACGGGUCGUACGCUUUAGCGGAAGAAGAUUUUGCUCAGCCUAGCGCUGCUUCUGCUAUUCGCUUUGACGAGGACUAUGAUGCCGACGCAGCCCUGCGUCUUUUGACGCACCACUUCGGGUCGAAUAUGUCAAAUACGUCAAAUGGCAGCAACAUGAGCAACGCGUCAGAUUCUUCAAAUGCUUCUGAUUUUCUGGGACCCGCGGCAGGAUCUUCUUCACCGACCGGGCAACCAGGCAGCGGAGUGGACUCCACCAUGAACGAGACCAGUAACGACACAAAUGCUUCGUCGCCGGGCGGCCCCUCGUCGAGUGCGCCGCCCAGCACGAGCGCCCCAUCGGGUGUGGGCAUGCUUGAAAUUCCGGUGCACAAACUGGUCGUGCACGGGAAGUAUCUCGUGUUUGCGCCAAGCAUGUCCAAUUGUUCCAGCCCCGCGCCGCCACCGAGUAGUACUCCACCGGAAGAGCAAGGCAUUUCGCCUGAUUGCAUUACGCAGUAUAAGUUUGUCGAUGGUGCUACGUUUCACAUUGAGAUCCCGCCGAAUGUGCUGCGUGCUGCGCAGCCCUCCGGAAACGGUCCGCAAAACAUUGCGCUAAGCACGCAGGGGUUCUAUCACGUGGAAGUAAACGAGACCGCGGCGAGUGGUUUGCGCCCGGGCGUGGUGGACUACGAAGUGUUGUUUGAUCACGUGCAGAAUCGAAGCAGAGUUUUUCUGCUGUUUUCAGAGGAAGUCGAAGGCAAAAGCGGAAGCUUGGACGCCGUUGUCGAGGUGCAGAGUUGCGGUUCUGCGCUUUCCUGCGAGCCGAUUGACCAGCGAAAUGUGACGGACGUUGCGUUCCAUUCCAACUACAGUACGGCAAACGAGGCCAAGGCCGUUGUUCUUAGUUUCCCCGGCGAUGUUCGACAGGAACUGUUCACUAUUACGGUCAAAGCGAACACUUUCAUGGGUCUGCAAAAGCCUGGGCACGACGGUCCGGGUGUUGACGUCAGCUUUCGGACAGACCGGUAUCUCGUUCCGGCACGCGAUCUUACUUCCGUUCUGCCGAAGUGCUCGUUCUACUGUAAUUGCGUCAACGGCGACUGCGAUCCGAAUACAGGCGCGUGCCGCUGUCCACCAAAAGAUCCCAACAGCGUGAACGGCUACUACGGCGCAGCGUGCCAGUAUCACUCUACCUGUCACCCGCAGAACACGCAAUCAGCGCAUGGUGUGGGCACGUCAGAGGGAACGGGAGAAUGCACAUGCAAGCCCGGAUUUUUCCGCACCGACUGCUCUGGGCAGUGCAGCUGCCACGCGGCUGGAACGCUGGCGGGCGGUCAAUGCGAUCCCUACACCGGGGCCUGCAGUUGCAAACCGGGCUGGACGGGGGCGAGGUGCGAUGAGUGCGCGGCGGGCUUUGUUCCGCACGGCAUCUGCGCACUGUCCUGUUUGCCGAAACUGUGCAACGCCCGGGGCACGAUCGCGUGCAGUUCCACGAACUGCGUCUGCAAGCCCGGUUACUUCGGGGACCUCUGCGACCAGAAGUGCGAGUGCCACCAGCGAGGUUCUCGCUCGUGCGAUCAGCAGACCGGAGCGUGCACCUGCCUGCCCGGUUGGGGCGGUGCGAAGUGCGACCAGUGCGCGCCAAACUACUAUCCGGCGGGCCAGUGCUUCACCUACUGUGACGCCGCGACCACAUGCAACGGGCACGGCGCUUGUGCGUCCGACGGAAGUUGUUCCUGUGAGAAAAACUGGGAUGGCAACUACGACUGCUCGCAGUGCGGUCGCAAUUACUACGGCCCGACCUGUGGCACGUACUGCGAGGCCAACACGAACUGCACUGCCGCGAGCCACGGGUUCUGCGACCCCAUGGAUGGGAGUUGCAACUGCUACGAGGGCUGGUUCGGCUCGAGUUGCGGCUCGAUGGACAUUUCGAUUUUGAACGCCGACGUUUGCCAGUUUCCGGCUGGGAUGCAAAAUUCUUAUUUGAAAAUCGAGGCGGACUACACGGCGUCAAAUUUGCAGGCAAGCAACAUCCAGCCCCACCAACUCCCGGCUAAUUUUAAUUCCACGUUGAAACACCACUUGACAUACGCCUUGAACAUGACAGGGACACGACACACGCCGAACCUUCGCUUUUCGCAAGCCUUUGACAUGGCCAGCAUCGACGUGCGAAGCGGAUCGAUCGCUGGCGGGACGCAGGUGAAGAUCACCGGUCGAGGCUUCGGCUUUGAGACCGGCUAUCACUCGGUUUUUCUUGUUUACAACACGAUUUUCGACCCGCCCGAUCCGUCCUCGACGACGUGCAAGCAUCCCCAAAUGCUCACGAUCGGCGAGUGCCCCAUGAAAAAGACAACCCACACCGAGUUUCGCUGUAUCACCCCGAACGCGGACACGCCGAUUCAUUCCCAUUCGGAUUUCGCCUCGUGGUUGAACGUGCCCAACAUCCAGUUCGGCAUUCGGCCAACGAACCUUACGUCGACUGCCGUUCAGUCUGAGGGGGUUUGUUUGCAGUCCUCCGCAGCGCCGGGCGCGAAAGCCAACGAGCUGCUGCCGAUGGAGAUCUUCACACGAGAGGACUGCGAGCAGGAGUGCGUGGACCGGUUCUGGCAGGGCUGUCGGUCCUUCAGUUUGGGGGUCGACCUCAAGCUGGGACAGUGCAUUCUGAGUUACGAUUUGUGCACGUCGAUCGGCCGCUUCAAUCACAAAUCCGAGGCUGCCACGCUGCAGUACAUGGGAUUCGUGCCCUAUCGCUUGGACGACCCGGAUUCGAUCGGCUACGGCGACGUGGAGCACGAAAUUCCGUCUUACCUGUCGGACGUCGCGCGGGUGAACUUCACGUACGACAGCACUAGUUACAUUAGCCACGUGUCCAACCCGCACGGGUUCGGCGGGGCCGAAAUCGACGUGUUUGUCGAGAACCCGCCUCCGCAUCUGCGCGGAAACGGCACCGGGGAGCAAUUGCCGCGCAGUGACGUUGCGGAGCCGCCGUCUAGUCCCAUGGUGGUCAUCGGCAAAGGAAUGGACUGGGACAGUGCACUUGCUUGCGAGGUUUCGGAAUGGCGGUACUUAGCAGACGUCUCACCGGUGGAUCAUCCGGCGCGCCUGGGUGCAAUGGACGACAGCUCGGCGACGGUGGAGGCACUGCACAUCAAAUGCACCGUUGCGGCAAACACGGUUCCGGCGGGACUGUACGAAGUGAAAGUGUACCAACCGAACAUCGGGUACACCUUGGCACGGUCCUCGGUGCAGGGAAAACCCGCGGUCUUCCAGAGUCUGUUUGAGAUAUCGGGGGUAAGUUCGUUAACCGGCAUUGUCCCCGCGGGAAGCGCUAACACCUCGGCGCAGGCCUUGGACCUCCCCUGCCAGCAGCCCAACGCCGCCACCUCGUGCGAUCCGCUGCAGGGCGGGCUUGGAGGAGGGGUCGACCUCCACAUCCACGGCCGGGGUUUCGGCACGUCGCCGGACCAGAAUUCCGUGACGAUCUGUGGACGACCCGCGGAGGUGAGAGCCGCGCGGUAUGAUCAACUCACAGUGCGCACCCCGCGGCACCAGAAUCUGCACUUGUUGAACGAACUGUAUUUCAACAACUCCGAGAUGACGGAAAACGACCGGAAGUACUUCUACGAGGACAUUCGCGUGUCGCCGUUCUUGAGUGAGCCCGCUAGAAUUUUUGGAAGUCACUCUGGUGCCAUGACCGACACGUCCUUUUGGCGCUUCAUGCAACUCUUUGACAACGACCUGGUCGACUACCCCGACCUGCCGGGGUCCGACUGCAGCGUCGGCUUCACCCUGCCCGAGGGGUACCUGGCCUUGGUGAAACAAGUGAAGUUCUAUCCGCCCUACUCCCAGGACGACCGUGCAACGCUACGCAACACGCGGUUCCAGGUCGCCAAUGACACGGGAACCGGGGGGUACACCACGAUGUACUCCAUCCCGAGUUCGGGCUACGUGAAGGGCGGCUGGAACACCGUCGACCUAGAUGCGCCCUUCAUCGGGCGGGUCUUCCGGUACCUCGGACAGAGUACGGCCGGCUGUCGGCUGCGCGAAGUGAAGUUCACGGGAUAUGUGAUUCCCGCCGCCGCGUACGCCAGCGGCGCCCACUGCCCAGUGGUGGUCGAGAAGGUGAAACACCCAGACGCGCACUACGAGAAUCUCGCGAACCGAGCUCCUGGGGACGCUAGUAGCGCGGGUUCUUCGACGACCUCGGUGAUUCCGGGAGACUCCUUCCGCGCGGUACAAGUCGCAACGGAUUCCUACGAAUCCACCUCUCCGGUGCCCGGCAAGCUGCACACCGUUCGGCUCUCGCAGACCACGAGCGGGUUCGUCAUGAUGCCCAAUCACAUGGCGCCGGUUUAUCCGCGGGAUUACGGACGGUUCCUUUUCCUUGUGGACGAUGAGCGAGCCCAAUUUGACAUUCGCGUGCACGCAACAAAGAGUACAGGCAACAGUCACGUGCACGGCUACAUCACGCCGGCUUUCAGCCAUUUCGGAAACGGAACAGCGGCAGGGUCAAACAGCACGUUGCAUCGCCAAGAGCUGCACAGUGUCGAACUUGUUGGCACUGCGGGUUCCGUUCAGUCAACGCUGCUCGCGUCCGGACUGUCGAUGGCCACUCGCGGAGUGUACUAUCUCGACCUGACUUCGUACGUGCACACGUCCAACUCCGACGUCUCGACAUCGGCAGUCGUGCACCACAUUGAAAUUGACGUGAACGCAACUUCUCCUGCGGGGGCUAGCGCUGCCUCGUCCACCGCUCCUGCGGACGACAACAGCACCUCCAAUGAUACGGCGGUGGGUUCCAAAGGGCCAGGUCCAAUUCUCGCCUCUGCAGUGCGUUUCCUCCGCACCAGCGAGACGCUCCGCAGACACAACAGUCAGGACCUGCUGUACUACAAGGCAAUGCACCACCUGACGCCAUUCAUAUCCGACGUCGAUCCGCGAAACGGCACUGCCCGUGGAAACACCCUUGUGACUCUUUCCGGGCAAAAUCUCGGUGAUGUUUUUGCGACCGGAAGCGCAGGUGUGAACUCGGCCGCAUUCGGACCGCUGGUUGCACCUGCGGUGCGAGCAGAAGACUUGGACGACUUCAUGGAAAUCGUCAUGCAGGAACGCGACGCGCAGAAUAUCUCCGAUCGCGUGCAGAACCUGACCAGCAACACCAGCGUUACCGAGUCGUACCUGUUCCGGCCCCGAUUUGCAGAGGUCGCGUUCAACGGUUACGAUUGCAUGGAAGUGACCAACUGGGCCAACCGAACUGACGACUCGAUGCAGUGUCGCACUGCCCCCCGGUCCGACGGAAUCAAGCCUUCGAGCUUUUCGGUUCGCAUCCCGGGCAAGGGAUUCGCGAUUCGCACGGACCGGCUGCGCAUCUUCUACCGCUAUCUGGACAAGUGGAGCGACCCGGCCAAUUGGCUGAACGAGGAGCUGCCGCGGAGGGGCGACUCCGCGUGGGUCCCCGAGGGGCAGGCCAUCAUGGUGGACCAGUCCGUGCCCCAGCUGGGACUCACCUACGUGGCGGGCGUGAUGGUGUUCGAUAACACGAAACCGCGGCUCACCUACGAUUCCACGUGGUUCUGGGUCCACGGUGGCACGCUGGAAAUCGGGACCGACCUGAUUCCCUACGAGAACCGCGUUGUCCUCACCCUCCACGGCGACAAAUACAAAACCGUGGAGCUGCCGUACAUCGGGCAGAAGAUGGUGGUCGUGACGAACCAGGGCAAUUUGGGUGGCGACAGCUCGAUCGCACGCAAGGUCGGGAAACUGGACAUCCACGGGCGGCGGACCAGGAACUGUGUGCGCCUCGCGGAGUCUGCCAACCCGGGCGAGGACUUUGUGAUCGUGGACGCCCUGCCGAACUGGGAGCCGGGCUACGACCUCGUCCUCGCCCACCCUGUCGAGGAGGCCACGCUCGUUUCCGCAAACCUCACCCUGUACGACCGCGCCAACGGGAUGCUGGUGAUUGACGGCGUGCCGACGGUCGUGAGCGGAGACCAAUCCGUGGGGCCCUUCGGCGAGGGAAUGCGUGCCAGCACCGGAGCUGCGGUGGUCACAGAAAUGAAGCCUCCGGAGUAUGAGGAGGUGGCGGUGCUGUUCCUCGCAAAGCCGCUGGCAAACUACCACGAGGCCAUCCAGUACCGGUAUUUUGCGGACGACCGCAACACAAUCCCGGAUCUGCGGCCCCACAUCUGCACGUUGUCGCGCAACAUCGUGAUCCAGGGCUCGCAGGACUCGCACCUCGCCGACUGGGGCGUGCACACCGGUGCGUUCUACGGUGGCGAAUACCGGCUGAAGGACGUGGAGGUCCGGAACUGCGGCCAGGGAGGCCAGAUGGGUCGCUACUGCACGCACUUUCACAAGAUGUCCCCGGGCCGGCAGGUCGACGUGUACAAGUCGUACGUUCACAACUGCGCGAUCCACCACUCCUUCAUGCGCGGCGUGGUGGCGCACUCCACGAAGUUUACCGUCGCGGAGGGCAACGUGGGGUACCUGAUCAAGGCUCACAACAUGCAGAUCGAGAACGGGGACGAAAAGGAGACCGUGUGGCGCAACAACGUGUUCAUCAAGGCGCUGCCGAUGGUGCUCGGCCUCGCGGACGAUACCACCCCGGCGGCCUACUGGGCAGUGCAUGGGAGCGUUAUCUGGGACAGCAACGUCGGCUACGCCUCGGCGUUCGGGUACCGCUUCAACCCGAAAGGCGAGUUCGCGGGGGAGAGCAUCCAGUACAACCACAUGGUCAACAACUCCGCUGUGGGCUGCGGCAUGGCCAUCCAGUUCUUCCCGGCGUGGGCUCCGAACCUGGACUUGUACGUCAACAAGUUCACCGCGGUGCACUGCGGGGCGACGCUGUUUGUGAAGCUCUGCAACCCCUGCCACUACUGGGACUUCAACGUGAUCGAGCCUUCGGGCGUUGGCUACGUCACGAAGUUUACGGACCCGGACGACAACCCGGCGCGGCCGAUGUUCCAAAACUGGCUCAUGGUCGGGGACAUGGAGGAGCCCAACCGGCGCAACCCGGGUCUGGGGUUCUACUUCAACGGGCAGGACGGGUACUGGAUGCACAACAUCACCAUCGUCAAUUACGGCGACCAGCCGCCGUUCGCCGGCGGCUUCAACUGCCCCGCCUUUGGUUACCUGGUGCCCACGCACCGCAUGAGUGCCGUCACCCUGGUGAACGCGACCGGGGGGCUGCUGUGGACGGAAUCCUACAGCCGGUACGCAAUCUGGCACGAUUUGGACGGCUCCGUCACCGGGUUCACGACCCACGGUGGCUACAUGACGGGCCAGUUCGGCUUCAACCAGUGGACCCGGAAUUCGCUCGCGCUCCACACCCCGCAAGGCGUCGUGCCGCCCCCCAACGCAGAUGCCUACGACCGCGCAGCGACCGGGCCCCUGUGCCGCUUCAUCGAUAACGCGCCAAACUCGAAGGAGAUGCACUGCAACCGUGAGCACGUGCACGUACGGUACGCUGGGAUCAUGGACUUCACCGGGUACGCGCUCCCCAACUUCGACAACCACGAGCUGCGCGUCAGCUCCGCGGCGGGGCACGACGAUAUCCCCUACCGGUCGAUGGCGUGCUCGCCGAACGGCCACAACGGGUGGUGCUGGCCUAUGGUGCUGGCCAAAUGGAACAAACAACACGUAGCCCCGCCGGCGAUGGUGAUGGACGACAGCGUGACUACCGGCCAGAUGCCGAUGUACCCGUCGACGAUAGGGCACACGCCAUACGCCCGCUAUGCGGAGCUGCCCUUCUGGUACUCGUUCGACCCGCACCCCACGCCGAUGGACUUCAUGAAAUGGUCCACGUGGAUCGGGCACGGGUGGCAGCGGCAGGACGAGGAGUGGUGCGGCACCAUGUAUCCCUACUUCCGACCGAACUUCCGCAAGACCUUCCAGGUCGGCAAGUUGGCCUCGACUUGGGACGGGGCCCACGCCCUGUACCGGGUACACACGGAGUUCGAGCCGAGCCAAAAGCUCAACGAGUUUCCCACGCCGUACCACGGCCACGGCGCGCACGCGAUGUUUGUGCAGCUGGGUAGCUUCAGCAACAGCACGGGUCAGAAGGACAUGCUGCUGCACGGAACCGGGUAUUGCGACACGGCCGGGUUUCGUAAGUCGCGCACGGGGUACUACGCGGACUGCGACGACCAGAACACCGCGGGGCAGCGCACCUCUCUGGCGCAGUGCAAGGCACUGUGUCUGCUCGAGACGAACUGUAUGUUCAUGACGUUCCGCGCGACCGGAAACGGGUGCUGUGCGCGGUUCGCGGAGGGCGUGUGUCAGCUCAGCACCGCGCACCACAGCUACCAAACGUACAAAAAGGUGGUCGUGCAGCACCCGGGCGGGCAGUUUCGCACGGACGGCACUGCAACGACUGGCUGGACCAACGAAACGGACGUGCCGGAACUGCGGGUCACAAAAUCGGACACACACCUGGUGACGCAUCCGCUGGACCUGUACGAGGUGCAGCAGUCCAUGGACCGGUUUGGAAUGCUGACGCGCGACUGGCGCGACCGCGACAACCCCGACCGGCUGAUCCAGCGGUACCUGAGUAACUUCCUCACCUUCACGCAAGAGACGUCUUCGGGCAGCGGUGUGUUCCAGACCGUGCAGGCGCUCGGCCGCGACGACCUGGACGCCGGCACCAUCACGGUGCCGACCAAUCUGACCUUCAGCUACACGACGACCGAUUUCCGCUACCAGCAGGAGUUGGCCGACAUGGGUGCGAGCGGGAGCCUCGCGGUGGUACACAGCCUCAAGACGGGGUGGAGCACGGUGAACCCCAUCGCAUUCCAGUGCCCCGUCGAGGGCUGCCCCGUGGCGCCGGCGCAGACGUCCGCGACGGCGCAGCUCUGGGAGAACCCGGACACCUGGCCCAGUGGCAAGGUGCCCGAGCCGAAUGAGGUGGUCACGAUCGACGAGUUCAAAUCGGUGAUUCUGACGACGGAGACUGCCGCGAUCCGGCGGCUGACGGUUCUGGGGAAGCUCACCUUUAUGCCGCCACUGCUGCAGAACGAGUUCUGCACGGACCCGGGCACGGGCACGUCGCACUGCCCGUUGGAGAAGCCGUGUCGGAAGAACGACCAGCCCAGCAUGCUGACGUGCCGAGAGUACGAGGUGUUCUACAACACCACGGAAAAACAGAACCAGUUCAUCACCGGGGUGAAAGACAUGUGCGCCACGGGGUGGACGGACUGCGCGAACCACACCAGCACGCAAACGCUGCGCGCGCACGCGGUGCAGCUGCACGGCCAAAUGUUCGUCGGCAGCAAAGGCUAUCCGUACCUCGGGAACGCGGAGGUGCUGCUGCACGGACCAGAGAGCUGUCCCAACUCCAAUGCCGAGUGCCGGCAGAUUUACGGCGAACACGGGGAAGGGUGGCCCGGGAUCACAAUGCGGAACGGCAUCGACAUGAACAACAAGUUGAUCGGGGUCUUGGGCGAGCUCCAGAUGCACGGCAAGCCGCUGGUGUGUCCGUUCACCGGAUUGGCAAAGACUGCGCACCCCACCGACCGCUUCGUGUUCGUGGAUUGCGAGGCUGCUUUGACAGAGUGGAAAGUCGGCAUGGAAAUCGAGGUGACUCCAACCGAGUACCCCUACUCAGCAGCCGAGAUCAAGACGCAAGCCGAAGUUUUCCGCAUCACCAGUGCGCCGGAACUGGUCACCGGGAGCGAGUUCGAGUUCGGGAAAGCAGUGAAGAUUGGUAUUCAGGGUCAGGCGCAGAGCCGGCACUUUUCCGGCAAAAUUCUAGCUGGGAACGCCGACAUUUGGUUCAAGGCGCACGUCGCGCUGCUCGACCGCAAUGUGCGGUUCGGCUCGGCCGAGACUGCCAGUCUCAGCCCGCAGCAGUUCCCCCACGGCUUCGAUCACAACUUCAACCACGGGGCGGGCAUUACGGUGGUCGAUAGCGAGGACGGCUCGAUCGUGGGGACAGCAGCCUUGUCGAGCGUGUACCUCCGGCAGACGGGGAAAAUGUAUUACCAGAUUCCCUCCCUGUACUUCUUCUCCGGGACCGGUCGCGACUUCCGCGCCUCCUCCGUGGACCAGUGCUCCUUCUUCGUGUCUGGUUUCGAGGCCUUGCGUAUCGCGGGGCCGGCAAACGUGGCCGUGCGCAACAACUUUUUUUCGCGGUUGCACGGCCCGGCGGUGCACGUGUUCCGUGGCCGGGACAUCCAGAUCGAGGACAAUCUUGGCUCCACCAUGUGGCGCCACAUCGACGAGCGACUGCGCACCAUCGACAGCGUGUACUGGCCGCGGGCCAUGUUCCAAACCUACGACUCGCACUACGACGGCAGCGUCUCUAGUCUGCAGCGCAACAUCGCCGCGGGUUCCUGGGACCACGGCUUCAUCUUCCGGCCGCCGGCGUGCGACAACCAAGCGCAGCGCAACGUGUACGGUGCGCAUCUACCGGACCGGCAGUCGUCCCGCAACCACGCCUACGGGAAUUUGGUCGGGUUUCACAUCCGCCGUGGCUGCAGCAAAGCCGGCGGCGGUCCGGCGGCUUGCGCGGGCACGGGCUACGAGUGCGUUACUGCUGAAUACCUGACGGCCUGGAAGAACGCCCAUUUGGGGAUCACGUGGGCGGACCAGCCGAGCUCGCUGAAGCUCCGGAAGGUAACUGUGUCCGACAACCACAUCGGCAUCCACGGUCACUUCCACCGGCAGGAGCGCGAGACCUCGCUUGAAUUCACUCUGGAAUACUCGGACAUCCUCGGCACCACGGACAUCUCCACCUGCACCGACUCCCUGGACGGGCGCUCUGCGCGCGCGUCGGACUUGUACCAAACUACGGCUCCGUCCGUCGUCGGAAAGGCGUUCCGGCACAUCGGGUUCAUGGCGCCCACGGUGACGAACCGCGGCUUCACCUGCGAGGACGGCCCGAACAUCCCCGAUUCUCAGUGUUUUGCGCCCAAGGCCCUGAUCCCGGACCGUACCUGCGCGAUGCCGUGGGAAAACCGGUACGGGAUCCGCGGAAGCCGCUACGGCAAGUUCCUCGUGGACACGAUUCGCAUCGGGUACUUCCACCACAAGGACGAAAUGUACCUCGGCGCACCCGUCGGGCGGUGCGGUCGCAACUCAGUCGCGAUUACGUACAACCCAACCGCCCGCGACUUCAACCCAAACAUCGACUUUCGCGGCGUCACCUGGGUGGGCCACAAUCGCGCCAGCAUGCGCCGCUUAUCUGGUAUUGCUGCGGACGGCCGAUGGAACCAGGAGCACGAAGCGGAACACGUGAAGCUGCUCGAUUACAGCAAUCCGAAGAACAUUUGGCACAAACUCGACGAGCACUUCUUCCCCAAGACGCUGGUAGCGUACGAUGAUGUCAAUGACCACGGCGCUGAAGGGGGCCGUGGCUUGUUACUCGCUACGAGCGACCAAGAGCAAGUGUUGUCGACUUCUUGCGGUUCUUCAUCUACUUCUAGUGGCGGUUCGUGUGCACUGCAGAAGCGCUUGAUGAUGGACGCUGAUCAACGCAGGUUGUCCAGCCCCUGGCGGCAGUUGCUGGAGAAAAGGCGAUCUUCGAAGAAGAUCGCAAAAUUUUCCUCCUUGCUGGGCCCGAGUGAAGAGCCGUCUCGUUUGGGAGCCUGGUCCUUGGCUACCGCGCCGAGAAGUGCGCUCGAAUCAGGAGCGCUGGUGUCUUCUACCUCUACCUCAUCCAGUACAGAACAAGCAGGGGAAGUUGUCCAAUUGCAAGCGUCCGACGGCGAAUCGCUGGUGCAAAGCCCCCGCCGGCGCCUCUCGAACGCUCCCGAAAUGAACCCCUCCUCUGACGGUCGGUUCUACUUGAGCUACUUUCGCGGUAAGGGGUCCUCCGACACCUCGUGUGACUACCCAGGGUGUCCAUAUGGAAAGAAAGCGAGUGGUCGUACAGAGUGACUGCUGCCCUAGAUGAAAACUACCAAUCCUAUCGAGAUACUUUUUAUUUGUUUUGCAGGCCGUAGCCGUACCCGCACCGGCAGAUGAUUUUUUUUCUGCUCAUGCGCUAAAAAUCUGUAUCUGUAACUGUAUGUCAUUACCCCAGUGCCAGAGCGCAGGGAGUUGAUUGCUCUCUGGUAUAUUAUUGCGGUGUGCUUUUUCUGAGGGCUCGCAGCAGUCAGUACCUCUGAGUCAGUCGCUUUCCCUGCAUAGUCCGGGCAUGUUCCAGUUCUGGUUGUCCGAUCUUGACGGCACAUUGACAGGCAAGUCAGUGACCGGCCCGGCCGGCCGCGCCACAGUGUUGCCCGAUGUGUCCGCGCUCACCGACGCCUCAAAGUGCACGGACCCGGCCCGCGGCAGCUACGUUUGCCAGAACAUGCCCAUGGCCUUGUUGAACUGGGAUUCCGCAGAUCACGAUUGCUGCGGCUGGGAUCGGCGGGAGCUGGGGCACUUUGCGAUCACCCGCAAAACAGACGGGCGCGUGACGGCGGGACAGCACAUGUACGAUCAUCUCGAUUGCCCCCGGGGCUGCGAGUUCGGGCACAGUUUCUACCCCAUGGCGGUGGAGGUGCACAACGAGUACCAGCUGGUGAUCCCCGCCAGUAUGCCGCAGACCCAGUGGCUGCACUUCUUCUCGUUCAUCAACACCGAAUGGGUGGUGGUCAAAAUCUACUUCUCCUCCCCACUGAAGAUCCGGCCCUACAUUGACGGGGAGGCCAUCGACGACCUCACCGUCGGGGGUGACAAGUUGAACAAGCAAGUACCGAUCCACGCCUUCGGCGCCCAGUCCUCCUGCACCCGCGCCGCGCCGUGCGCCGGCAGCGUGGCGGCCUCCGCCGAGACUGCGUUCCCGCACGGGGCGCACGUGCAGAACCCGCAGCAGAAGUUCUUUACCAUGGUUCUGCGCGGACUUGGUGGCACCGUGGCGCACACGUACAACCAGAGGACCACGACCAACUCCCACCAAAUUGUGCACAAAGGCUUUUUCCUGCAGACGGUCGCGGUGGUUCAGGUCGACAUGAAGAUCUCCAUGGACAUCAGUACGUGGGAAUCAAAUGCCGCCGCUAACGAGCUAUCUUUUCGGAACUCGAUUGCCACCCUCCUCGGCAUCCCUUUGGGUCGCAUCAAAGUCGUGUCCGUGCAGGCGGGAAGUGUCAACGUCAAUUACGAGGUAUGAGACGCUGUUUCUAAAUCCAUUCGUGUAUUUCCAUGUUCAAGAUCACGGAACAGAGCGAAGAUUUUGUCGUGCCAGGGAGACUGAGGUUUGUAGUCGCGCCAUUUUCAUGCAUUAACUAAAAAAUAAAAAACUAAGUCUACGACGGGGACUACCACGACCUGAGUUUAUAUCAACACGAAACAUACAUAAGAAUAAGCAUUGCCGGCCGCCAAAAGUGCGCAGUUGGUUUGAAAUUUUUUUAUCCAAAUACAUUAGAUACAACAAAGAAGCGUGUAUGUUUCCAAAGUUCUUGUACAACGUCGGUUCAUUCUCCUUGAAAAAACCUAUCAGGUCGAAGAAGACAAGCCUGUUUUGACCGCGGAAUCGGUUGAGGCUAAGGAAACGCCAGCGGAUAGUGUCUCUUCGCAGGCACCGUUGGCCAAUGUGCCUGCGAGCAUCAUGCUCGCAGACGCUUUGGCUUCCGGAUUGAACGAUACGGCGGCUGCACAGCAAGUAGCAGCGAAGCAAGUGGAGCAGGCACAACAGGUACUGUAGACGACAUGUAGUUGGUGGAAAAGCACUGCUAUUUACAUCUUCACUAAAUUCACAUUAUCUAUCAAUUAAGUCUUUGUGUGUAUGUAUCGUGGUAGUUCUGCUGCAUCUACUGCUCUCAUCGCUUCGUGUAGACAUUUUCACUGGAGAAGCUAGGAUUCGUGUGUGAUGUUGUAUUGCAGCCAUACCUGGAAUACUGUGCAGUACAUUUUUUAAUGUAUGGUAGGUUCGUUGGAAAAAGAAAAGCGCGAGAGAUCAAUUAUGACCAAAACUCAAUAUGUUCACACGACUUAGUAGAAGACUUCGAUUUUAAAAAAUCAAUAGGUCGCCGCGGUGCAGGCAGCGGCAGUGGCAAACAAUGUGACCUUCCUGACGAGCGGGCAGCAGGCGAGCGCGAAUGCGAGCGCAGCAGCGCACGAAGAGGCGUAUUCCUCCUGGAACCAGCUGCGGUCGCUCGUGACGGAACCGAAUGCGGCACUGACCAACGCUACGGCCGUUGCCGACGCGAUGAAGUCGCAGGGCCUCAAUGCCGAAGUGCUGGCGAUAUCCGCGGUCGCCCCGGCCGAUCCGAACCAAUUCACGACGACCAGCUCCACGACCACGCCAUGCAAUUUGAAUCUGCUGGACGAGAACAAUUUGUUUCCCCCUAGCUCCUGUAUGUGUGAUGGCACUGGCCAGACCUACGGCCCCACGUGCAGUGACCAGAAUCAGUGUCUCCGCAACGGCACGACGCCGCGAAGUUUCAGUCGUGCCGGCAACGGCACAUGUGUGUGCAAAUUCAACUGGCAGGGAGCGCACUGUCACCACUGCGCCGACGGCUUUUACGGAUCAAACUGCGACCACUCCUGCAAGUCCGGCGGUUUGGACAGCACUUUCGCGAGCAAAGCGUCGGACCAACAAGUCACUCUCGCCUCGCAGCUCGCUUGUGGCGCAGGAACCUGUCACUCGGCUUUCCAGUCUUCCGAUGUAUAUGGCCCGCUGGUUCCCGCCUUGCGGCUCCAGCGAAAUCUCGCCGACGUGCUGACGGCGCCCUCUUUUGCCAGCGCCGAGGAACAUCAGAUAGAGGAAGAUGGCGAAGCAAGAUCAUCGCGAGCAUACGAUAGUUGGUUGGGUCGCUUGCAGACGUUAGGGAAGCACCGGCCCCGCAAGCGGUGGCCCGGUACGGACUCGGAGCUGCACAAUGCGCACAACACGAGGGCGUUGAGGAGUAAUGGAGAAAGUAUCGUCACCGAGGUGAGUUCCAACCCGUUGCACAAUCCGCGCGUGGUACCGGAGCUGCAGAUGCGGCAAGAGCCCGAGCGACAGCGGGCGGAAGCCAUUCGUGCGCGGCGACAGGGCCUUGAGACGAGUGCCGACGACGACGACACCGGAGACGAAUUUGGGUUCAAGCGCGAGAGAGGGCUGUCCGACGUUCUCCAAGAAGCGUUUGAAGACUUAAAUACCCACAUUCUCGUGGACACGUCGCUCCAAGCCUCGGCAGACAACAGUAUGAGCUUCGUAUCCGUGGAAAUCUUUAAUCAGGAGCAAAACUUGCGGUCGAUGUCCGAGUUCUUUGGGAGCUGGGAGGGACGAAAAAUGUUCUUGCCAACUGAUUCCAGCGCACAAAACCGACUGCUGUACACGUUCAAUGUGCAAAAAUGGUUUGACAACUUGACCCCAACCGUGCAGUGUCGGUGCAAUCCGGGCUUCUACGGAAAACACCCCACCGACAACCACUACUGCAAUCUAGCGUGUGACUGCGCCGCAGGAGGAAGCAUCGGCUGCUACGACGGGCAGGAGCCGGGCGUGGUGGGGACGGGCAUCUGCAAGUGCAAGCCCGGCUUCGCCGCGCCACGAUGCGCCACAUGUGAACCGAAUUACUACCCGGAGGGGAACUGCACCACGCACUGCGUCGCGGCUUCGACCUGCAACGGACAAGGCACGUGCAACGAAGUGACCGGUGCUUGCCAGUGCCAGAACGGAUACUCCGGAGAAUUCUGCACGUGCCCGCCAUGUGUGAACGGAGGCUCCUGCACCGGUGGGCCGCAGUCCCGUUGCGCUUGCGUCAAUGGAUACGUCGGGGAUCGCUGUCACUUGCCACCCAUCGAAGGCGGGUUCGGCUAUGUCGAGGCAAGCGCCGGAUGGACUGAGUGCGAGUACCCCAAUGCAAACUGCGGGCCUGGAGUCCGUUAUCGGCCGCUGGAGUGCCAAUACACCAACAAAACCAACCACGUCAAGACGAUGGUAUAAAAGAUAAUUAAAAGGAGCUGUUACAUUCGGCAGCCGCAUGUCGCAGCUGCAGCCUGAUGAUUUCAUUUGCUGCAUACUUUAGACAGUAGCUCGCACGCCAUGAGAUGCGACCAAAUUAUGCCGGACUUUCUCUUCUGCCUUCUGCCAGUAGUCAUACACACCGCGAGAACGUAGAUGAAGCGAUUUUAUAAUAUUCUAGAGACAAGCUGUAGCUGCACUUUAACUUUGACGAUUUUUUUGUAAGGAAGUUGCUUCUGGACCUGGACCGGCUCUGCUGUUGCGUCCGUGCCGCGACAAAUCUUUGUCUGGGUUCUAGUCGCACUGAAACUGAGCAAGCUGAUCGUGACCACCAUACGAUUCAGCUAAACAAAAGUAGGCAAAUCAUGAUGCGCAAAAAUUAUAGCCGGAUACAGUGAAGUUUUUGACGCAAGCAAUUACACAUCAUCGACAUCACAAAUCCAGGUCGAUCUCCAGUACUGUACGGCCAAUAACGCUACGAUUCCAGCAUCAGCGGACCGCACACAGGAAGCCUGUACGCACAAAGAAAACACACCUGCGAGCUGCUCCUGCACCACGCAGCCACCUGCCGUUGUGAACCAGCAAACCUUCGGUACCUGCCUCGAUGGGAUCGCUCUACCAGCCACGAGAUGCGAACCGGUUUGCGCGGACGGGCACACGCUGCACGGUUUCUACGAAUGCAAAGACGGGGUGUUGCUUCCUGGCACGGCACCAAUGUGCGUCGUGGAGGGCGCAGAGGUGCAGACGCAAGAGGGUCUGGCCUCCCGGCUCUCCUUCAACGUGCCCAGCUUUACCGCCGGCUCGGCGGAGGAAACACAGUGGCGAAACGCCAUUACCAGUGCUACGAAAACGUCAGUGAUUACGAAGCUGAACAUCGCGGAGCUGACCGUGGAUCACGUUGAAGUGACGUCGGUGACCUUCGGCGCCGCGGCAGCUUCUACCACGAGCCUCCUCGUCCUGCGCGAGAGAAGAUUACAACAGCGGCAGCUGCAAACCACUCAAGCGGCGGCCGUGGCCUUCACCGUGGUUGCACCGGUGGGGACAAGUGCAGCCUCCAUUGGGCUCACGGCCAGCAACUUCGACUCCGCCAUCACCAAUCAGCAGUCGAGUUUUCUGUCCACGUUCCAAAACGCGGUGCAGACCUACGACAGCUCCUUGUCCGGGCUCGCCGUCACGGGCCUCACCGUCGCGGCGCCGACCACGGUGACGCGGCAGAUUCCAACCGGUUCGCAGGCCGACUCGGAGUCCGCGACCGAGGCCACGCCGCUGCUGGAGCCGCCUGUCAUGAUUGGCGGCGGGGCGGCGAUCGGGGUGCUGGUGCUCUUCCUCUUCUGGUACGCGAUCCGCGGCCGCCACAAGAAGGUGCACGUGAUGGAGAUGCGAGGCAAGGACGGCGAGCCGAUCGACAUUGAGAUCCCGGUUGGGGAGCCGAAACUGCACAAGCCCCCCAUCGAGGUGGUCGAGGACCGGACGCAGCCGUACAAGACCACGGAGCCGGUCAUCUACCCAGACGGCAGCCGCUACGAGGGGUGGAUGCUCAACGGGCGGAAGCACGGGGCCGGCAGCUACCUGCUCAGCGACGGCAGCUACUUUGAGGGGCAGUUUAGUGAGGGUAUCGUGAACGGGUUCGGAAAAAUCGAGUGGAACGAGGCCGGGUUCGAGAAGGGCAACGGGAAGAAGUAUGUGGGGCAGUGGCGGGACGGACACAUGCACGGGAAGGGGCUCAUGUACUGGCCCAACAACUGGGUCUUCGCCGGCGACUUCCGCGACGACGAUCGCCACGGUCGAGGCCGGUGCGAGUGGACGGAGGGCGCUUUCUACGAUGGCCAGUGGGUCGACGGGGUCAUGAGCGGCCUAGGGGAGCACGGCACCAGCAUCAGUGGGAGUGGCAUGUGGAUUUGGAAAGACGGCAACACGCAGGAGUUUGUGAAAAGGUACAUGAAAAAAUGAAAUGAGGAAGAUUUUCAUCUUCAAGUGCAGAUAGAGAUAAUUUCUUGAAUACUGUAUCUAUGAGUUCGGACUUGUGAAAGACAAAGAUGCAUUUGCAUGCGUCGACAAACCAUCUGUCUACGCAUGCAGCCGUAUUACAUGCCGCGUCUGAUUUUACUUGUAUCGUUCAUCCAUUGAAGACGGAGAGCAGAUAGUUCGAAUAAGACUGUUGCUCAUCAUCAUCUUCGCGAUACUUAUUUGCGAGCUUGAGUAAGGAUCCUUUUUUAAUCUUUUCCGGCCGAUGCGUGUCCUGAUCGGAACGAAGUUAGUCGCUAUUUCCUUCGUGUAUCUACUUUUGUCAAUUCCAAUUGUCCCAACUACAGGACCAAGAAUCCCCAUCGAACAUCGAAGACGUUGGAGAUUCGGUAUGCCCACCCCGUGCGAAGUUCCGAUCCCGAUGCAUUGGACGAGAAGCUCGAGGUGUCCAUUCCGGAACUUGGAAUCCGGGUUGGGAACCCGAAGGUGUGGGCGGCAUCGAGCGGUUACAAUGCGCUGACCAUCACCAAACUGAUUCCCUACGCGUCCGCCGACGCACGAGCAGGGGCCGCGGCAAGUUCUUCCACCGGGCAGCUGGAGGUGUUAGUCAUUGGCAGCCACGAGCUUCGACUGCAUUCCACCAUUCUUGCAGUCAACGGCGAGAAGGCUACGGACAGCAAGAAGCUCCUGGAAAUGCUCACUCGUGCCGCCCGGGGUAUUUUCAACGACUUGACCAUCACGGUGCUGCCCCCCAACCUCGACACCUACCUGAUCCACCCGCACAAGGCCUCCCCGAAAAAGAUGAAGCGAAGUGAUUCCUUGGAUGACUACGACCAAAUGAUGGGGAAUGGACCGGAGGGGGUAGACGGUGUCGCUGGUCAGCACGACUCGUCACACAAGGACAAAAAGAAAAAAGCCCGUCGUAGCAGAUCCUCGAGCCAGGAACAUUUCUGAUGCCUGCCGGCGGGGAACAUUGUUGUACAUAGAGAAAAUGCUUUUUGUUAUACUGUUUCUUGAAAAAAGACUGAAUCCGACUAAGAUGCAAAAACGGAAAAAGUCUGCGAAUGCAACAGCCAUGCGAAUGAAUUAUUAUUAACCACUACGUCUCGGUGGACUCGGACGAGAGUACGCAGGAAAAAUGCAGUAACAGUCACAGUGUCUAUGCCUAUGCUUAAUAGCAUAAUUGUCGUCUUCUUUUUAUAGCUUUAAUUUCGACUCCUGUAGCAGUAGUACUUUUUGGUUUUACUUUUAUGACGUCUCGGAUCUGAUUAUGAUUUUAUGAUAUAUUACAAUCAAAAAAUGCGAUGACCACCUUGACCACCAUGUUCAUGGCGAUUGGGUGGCUAAUGGAACUCCUACAGUUUCAACUUUGAUAUUUGAUGGAUAGCAUGCAUAAACUGUGUUGCAGCGAGAUUCGGAUAGAAAAAACGACUACCUGCGCCACGAGUUGUAAUAGCCUAAGCAGUUUUCUGCUCGUCGAAAGCGUAGUCGGUCUGGAAUCUCUGACGCGAUGCAGCAGAGAAGGCACAUAGUAAUCUCGAGUGUCAGAAUUAUAUACUAAAAAAUCUCUAACUCUAUCGCUGAACGCAUUUGUAUUUUAUUGAGCGAAAAAUUAUAAAGCAGUAGUGUCACCUCCCAGCGACAGCUUCACACUUUUUGUGGAGUGCUGGUGCCUUGAAUAGUACUAAAUGCAAACGUCGACGAAGCGUACUUAGUUCUUUUCUUGUGUUUUCUAUCAAGCGCCGGCUGGAUGAGUUGUUGAAUUUUCAAGCUCUCCCCCAUUUCUGAACUUGUCAUGCUGCGCAUUAAUCUCCGUUGUCCUCGUACGCACAAUGUAAACAACAAAGAGCUUUACCCUUUCUGCUUUGUUUUCUGUUCCUCAUAUCAUGCCCGCAAGGUUUUCUUCGUCUGGCGUCCAGAACUUUUUUUGAGCACACUAUUUCUUACUACGCUUUAAUUCACUUUCACAAAAUAAAUUUCAUGUACACUAACCAAUUAAGUACCAUGGAGGGAAAAGGAUAAGUUGAGAUCCACAAUGACAGGAAAGUGUCGAUAUCUGUUUAAUACAAUUACAAUUACGUCACUAAUGUGGCCCAUCCGGCUUGAUAAGUGUUCGUCUACAUUUGCAAGAAAAUGAACGGCAAGAUAGCAGAACGUGAACUACAUUGAAAUCAGAUGUACCGUCAAACUCAAAACUCAAGCAAAACUUUAUGAGAACUUAAAUGUGAAAUCGUUCGAAAUAAAUAA